GGCCGUCGCAUCGCUGAUUAGGUAAUGCCACGGCGGCGGAGGCGGUUCCGCUGGCUGCUGUGUGCGCGGCGAGCGACUCCCAGCGCGGCCCGCUCGGCUCGUACACCCGCUACCCGACCUCGACUCUAGCUGCGGCCGGGCCGCCGCCUGAACAUGGACUCUGCUGGCCAAGAUAUCAGCCUGAAUUCUCCUAACAAAGGCCUGCUGUCCGACUCCAUGACGGAUGUCCCUGUUGACACAGCAGUGGCUGCCCAGACCCCUGCUGUGGAGGGUCUGACGGAAGCUGAGGAGGAGGAGCUCAGGGCUGAGCUCGCAAAGGUGGAAGAGGAAAUUGUCACUCUGCGUCAGGUCCUGGCAGCCAAGGAGAGGCACUGUGGAGAGCUGAGGAGGAAGCUGGGUCUCUCUGCCUUGGAGGGCCUGAAGCAGAACCUGUCCAGGAGCUGGCAUGAUGUACAGGUCUCUACCGCCUAUGUGAAAACUUCUGAAAAACUCGGAGAGUGGAAUGAGAGAAUGACCCAGUCGGACCUCUACAAGAAGACUCAGGAAACUCUCUCUCAGGCUGGACAGAAGACUUCAGCUGCCCUGUCCACAAUGGGCUCUGCCAUCAGCAGGAAGCUUGGUCCAAGCAGCAGCUACUCCAUCCGCCACUCGAUAAGUAUGCCGGCCAUGAGGAAUUCUGCCACCUUCAAGUCACUGGAAGACCGAGUUGGGACCAUAAAGUCUAAGGUGGUGGGUGGCAGAGAGAAUGGCAGUGACAGCUUUCCCUCCCCGACUGGGAGUGGCGACAAGCCCCUGCCUGAUCACGCGCCCUUCUAAGCCUGAAGCAGCUUUGCCGGCCACGGAGCAAGUGCGGGCACGCCCUCAUCACCACGACUGCCACAGUGCAGCGGAGCAGCAGCUGCGGGAGGACACCGAGCGGCUUUGGGGACUGUCGUGCCGUCACACAGACGUGGCCGCUGCACGCGCAUGACUUAGAACAGUCUUGUACACAGACGCUUCACACUAAAGUUGGCAGAUGCAACAAUCACUAUGCCGUCCUUCCUGGGGCAGGAAGUGGGUGGGUGGGGGACAGGGCCUUUGGCAGUCUUGUUAGUUCAUCAGAAUGCAAACUCCUUCCGUAUGUCGCAGUAGGAAGCAUCUUCCAGAAGCCCCAUCUGACCUGCAAUUAUUUCGAAAUGCUAAGAAAACUGUCCAUUUUCUGAGACCCUCCAGAAAGAAACUGAUUAUCGGCAGCUGCCUAAUUAUUACACUAAUGAUCUAGCUUUAACAAAAGCAAAUUAUUUUUAAAUGUAGUGGAUUUUUCAAAAUUUAAAACUAAGCAAAGCAGCUUUAGCCUCAUAGUUACAAAGUAUUAUUUGUUUGGAUUCAAGCUGAAAUACAAGCCUUAUAUCACCUUAUGCUUUGUUUAUAAUGUUUUUACAUGUAAAAGUGAGAGUUCUUUAGUGGGUUCUGAGUACUACACAGAAUUCUGCAUCUCCCCGAGGGCCGCAUGCCUGUACCAGUAGUGUGUUUCAUUUCACUAACUCCCACUAUCCUAGUGUAUGGAACUUGCCUCUUCCCUCAAGGACCCUGGCAGCUCCUGCUGCCCAAAGGGCUUCUGGGGUUCGGGGGGUGGGAGGGCAGGAGAAGAAAGCCAGCACCCAUACAGUGCUGCCCAGCUGCCCUAUGGGCCUGGCCUAGCCUAGCCUGACCUGACCAGGCCCGGCCAGCACAUUGCUGUCAGUGGCUCCAACUGUCUGUGUGCUGCAUGCCCAGGACAUGCAAGAAGCGCAUGGACCAGGCAGGGCAAGGCUGAGUGUGGUGUCAGCUGGACCUCUGCUGUUGCCUUUUCUCAGGAGCUACAAAGAUCUCUUUCCAGUUUUGAAGCUGCCUCACCCAGGGCCCCAGGUGUCGGGUGUGACUAGAGGGGCAGCUUGUGCCUUACUGGCUCUUACUGGGCACAGACCUUGCCUGCGUGUGAUCUGUGGACCCCCUGGGGAGGAGCCAGCAGCUCAGUGUAUGCUCUGGUAGACUGCUGUGCUCUUGUACCUGAGUGUGUGCGGGUCACUUCAGACACCUUGGGGGACUAUGGUCCACUCUCAUGUUCUUCAGAGGUAGAACCUCAGACUCCUGGUAGGAGGCAGAAGCCCGGGCUAGUCUUUUCGGUAAAGUAAAUAAUGAGUAAUUUGUCAAUAAAGUAUUCCUUUGGGGGAAAUGAACUUCA